GCAGGUGGAGCCCGCCCUGCUGCGCCCACGGACCACGCCCAGCUGUCCUGCUUGCCUCACCUCUUCCGGGUCACGCUGGACCGCGGCUACCUGCGGACGCUGGGCUACUCCUCCUGGGACGUCCGCCUGAACGACGAGCUGUGUCGCCCCCAGGUCGUGGGGCGCUUCCUCAUCUUCAGCGUCCCCUACGGCCACUGUGGCACCGUCCGACAGGAAAGCCGCGGCUCCCUCAGCUACUCCAACUCCAUCCGCGGCCGGCCGUGGGGCGCCCCCGGCCACCUCACCGUGCGGCACCGGCUGCCCCAGCUAAAGUUCACCUGCUCCGUGGACAGCCCGUCGGCAGUUGAACUUGUCCCUGGGGCUGACGAGCCGAGGCGGGGCGCCGCCUACGAGGUGUCUGCGGCAUUCCUCCAGCUGCCCGUGGCCCCGCCUGUGGGGAGCUCGGGGCCCGAGGACGCUGGCCAGAGGGAGGAGGUGUUCCUGCAGGCGACACUCCACAGCCCCGACCCCAGCCUGAGGGUCUCUGUGGACACCUGUGUGGCUUCUCCAGACCCCCAUGAUUUUGCAACUGUCAAGUACGACUUGAUCCGGCAAGGGUGCGUCACAGAUGACACCUACGUCAGCCUCCCCUCUCACCAGAGGAACACGGCCCAGUUCAAGUUCAACGCCUUCAGCUUCCUCCCCGGCUACGAGGUGGUCUACCUGCAGUGCGAGGUCGCCCUGUGCAAAGCGGGCGACCCCUCCUCCCGCUGCUCCCAGGGCUGUGCUGAGCGGGGCCGGAGUCGGAGGGGCACG